CAAAGUUUUCUGACUUCAAACUAAUUUAAAAACAAAAAUAAAUAUUAUAUUGUUACUUCAUUAAAUAAAUAAAAUAAAUUCUAAAAAAAAUAUAAAAAGCAAAAAAAAUUGUUUGACUUCAACUGCAUUAAAAAUUUUAUAUUAAAUUCUGUUCUUGUAUUAUAUAUACAAAUAAUACAAAGAAUGAUAAACUAGUUUCAAAUAAGUGGAUAUUUUUGCAAGUUUUAAAAAAUAUUGUGUUUUUUUUUCAAAAAGUGUUUCGGGAAUAAUUUCGUCAUUUAUGCGGCAGCAGUCAAACAGCUUUAGUCAAUUUACAAUAAAGAAAAGAUGAACCAGCUGUGCAAAGUGUGCGGGGAGCCGGCGGCUGGAUUUCAUUUUGGCGCAUUCACAUGUGAAGGUUGCAAGUCGUUCUUCGGCCGCACCUACAACAAUAUAUCUGCCAUUGCUGGCUGCAAAAACAAUGGCGAUUGCGUCAUCAACAAGAAGAAUCGCACGGCGUGCAAAGCGUGUCGCCUGCGCAAGUGCCUAUUGGUAGGCAUGUCGAAGAGCGGCUCACGCUACGGACGACGUUCGAAUUGGUUUAAAAUACACUGUCUGCUGCAAGAGCAACAAAGUGUGCCAGGUAAUGGGCCAGGCGGCGGCGGCGGUGGUCCGGGUGGAGGUGGCAGCAUAAAUGAAGCUAAUGCCAAUAGAGCUAGCUUCGAGCAGUUGGCGCGUUUACAUCAGCUGCAAGCGCGUCAAACCUAUCAAGAUAAAACGAAUCCCUGCAUAAAAUCAGCCAGCAUGUCACCAACAGCUUUGGCACUAAGCGCUGCGGCCGCAGCUGCCGUCGCUGCGAAUAGCAGAGGCUCACCACAACCGCCGCCAGCCCAAAAUAAUAUACUCAGCUCAGCGGCGAAAUUUCUUAAUGGUGUUGCGGAUAGCGGGCGACAUCACGCGCAUCAGCAGCAUCAAUUACAACAGCAGCAACAACAGGUUGCGCAACAACAACUGCAAUAUAGCGCGCAGCAGCACCAGCACCUGCAUCAUUUACCCGCAUUCGGCUAUGGCGGCAAGGCGGAGACGCGCCUCAGCGAAACACCUAGCGAUUCAGGCGCGUCGUCUGCCGGCGAUGCAGCGGACGAUGCGCGCAGCAGCGUUUCAGGUCGUCAGGAGCGCAACUGUAAUUCAGCGCAACAUCUUGCUACAUUGGCGUACGAAGAUUUAGAAGAGGCCGAGGCGCGUGAGCGACGCCACCAACAAUUGCUGCAAAUUUAUCGCUCACACUCGGAACCACUACGCAGUCCUUUCGUGCAUUUCGCGCUACCGCCGCACAUAUCACCGCUGGCUGCACCACCAGGCACACCACUUUCCGCCACCAAUAUUGCCGGCAGUCCACCUGCUCACCUCAUGCCCGCUGCUUUGAAGGAAGAAAUCAAACGCCUAAGCGAAGCGGCAACUGCUGCCGCGGCAGCAGCAGCGUCUGUGACAGUAGUGGAUUGUACGUCUGCCAGCGAUGCACAAGACGAACCCAUAGACUUGUCAUUGAAAGGACGCGAAAUCGAACGACGAUUGGCGGCAGCGCGGUCUAGCUAUGAACGUCAACUGGCGCAUGUGGAAGGAAACUCCCGCACGUCUACAACACCACCGCCUUCUGCCGCGUCACCUACUGCGUUGAGUAUGGCGGCGCAUGCAGCGCUGACGCAUGCUGUGAUACAUAAGCAAACUCCGCUGGACUUGACAUCGGUACGUUCACAGACGCUAACUGGUUAGAUCACUUGUACGAAGCACAAGUUGUUGCAAUCCGUUUAUUUUUCUUGUUUUUUCUUAAUGAAGUAUUUAGAAAAUAGUAAAAGCUCGUUAAAGCUAUAAACAUUCAAGCUUGUGUCUUAGCUGCACUAGUUACUGAGCUUUCUUCUCGACUAGGCAUACUUUCAGGCGGUAUACUAUUUGUUUUCAAUAUUUCGUUCGUUUUAGGCAGUAAAUGUUUGAACUUCUCAAACGGUUAUUGUGUUUUUGCGAAAUGUAAAUAACUUAUCUCAAGUCAUGCGGAAAAUAUUAAAAACUACUAUUUUUCAAAUUGUAAAUUACUUUUUAUUCAUUUAUCGAGCUUUGACAGCAGUUUGAUAUGUAUAUAUAAUUAAUUUAAAUAGCAUAUUUCGAAAUAAAUCUCUAUUUUUCUAUUUUUUAAAAAUUAUUUUUCAUUUUAGAAUUUUUUUUC